GACAGUGCAACGGUCUCGUUCUUCUUCUGUCAAGCCACCGAUAUGCGUAUCAAUAGCGCCACGCCCGUCUUGCGUGGCUUGAUAUACUCACUUGUCGAGAAGUACCCAUCACUUCUCCGCCACGUGCGAGCUCGAUAUGAUUCUGCAGGGAAAGAUCUAUUUGAAGACGUCAAUGCAUGGAGUGCUCUCAUGUCCAUUUUUACACAAAUCCUCGAAGACUCGUCUUUGGAAAGUACCUUUUUUGUGAUUGAUGCUUUGGACGAAUGUCGAGAUGGCCUUCAAGAUCUUCUGGAUCUGAUUGCUGAAAACUCAACAACCCCAAAGACGAGAUGGGUUGUUUCCAGCCGUAACGAAUAUGAGAUUACUGAGUGUCUUGAUUCUGCUACCCAGGUAGCUCCAGUCUCAUUGGAGCUGAAUGAGGCAUCUGUGUCCGAAGCUGUCAAUGCAUUCAUUCAACAUAAAGUGGAUUCUUUGGCCAAGAAAAAGAGAUACGAUGAAAAAAUCACUGCCAUUGUCAAACAUCACCUGCUAAGCAAUUCACAAGACACUUUCUUAUGGGUUGCCUUGGUUUGGAAGAAUCUUGAUCAAACACCACGAUGGGUGGAUGUAACAAAGAAGCUGAAAACUUUCCCGCCUGGACUCGAUGCGCUUUACCGCCAAAUGAUAAAUCAGGUUCGCGACUCAGUGUAUACAGAGCUAUGCAAAAGGAUACUGGGAACUAUGACAGCGGUUUUUCGCCCAGUUACACUAUGCGAGCUAAAGGCCCUUCUUGAAGGGCGGAAUGAUGGUUUCUAUGAUCUUCAAACCCUUUUUGAUAUGAUCGGCGUAUGUGGGUCGUUCCUGACUUUACGAGAAAACACCGUUACAUUUGUUCAUCAGUCUGCGAAAGACUUUUUACUAAAGAAGGCGUCAAACGAAAUCUUCUUUAGAGGGAUUGAAGCUGAACAUCACGCGAUUUUUGUGCAGUCUCUGCAAAUAAUGCGCAAAACACUUCGACGCGAUAUUUGUGGCCUUAAGUCUCCUGGGUUUCCGAUUGAGCAAGUUAGACAUCAGGAUCUGGAUCCAUUAGCAACAACACGGUACUCAUGUGUCUAUUGGAUUGACCAUCUACGGGAUAGUCAAUCAAAUGAAGACCCCGAUCCUGAUAUCCUUGGCCCUGUGGAUUUGUUUCUGCAGCAGGAUUAUCUCUACUGGCUUGAAGCUCUUAGCCUUCUUCAAAGCCUGUCUGAAGGAAUAGCAGCGAUUCUAAGGCUUGAGCUUUUACUUCAGGUUAGCAGCCACUACGAUUUUCAAGAUUUGCCUUACUAA